AUGACAGACUCCGAGGAUGAUUCAGAGGACCAUUUGCAAGUGGCUUCCACAGAGGAGGAGUCCGAGAAGGACACGAGGCGACUCUCACUUGGUACGACGGCUACGGGGGUGCCCGAAGAGGAUGAUGUGCUUCAAGAGCUUGAUGAGUCUGACGAGGGGGAGGAUAUCAAUAACGUUGAUGCAUCCGCACAGCAAGGAUUGCUCAAUGCUGAGUCUGAGGAUGAUUUAGAGGCUCCCCCAAUUUCGCUGUAG